AUGCCUGAGAUCGAUCUCAUCAGCCGCGACCCCAACGCAAUCAAUUCCCACAUACAGGUCGCUUUCGAGGAUGUUUUGGCUGAACCUGAAGGAAUUCACAGCUUCGACUGUGUCUGGAGAUUUUCCUACCUCUGCUUUGAAUUUUGGAAGAAUUUUUGCUACAAGCUUGCUACUUUGUGCUGUGGGCUUUGCAUCGCCAUGAACUGGGGAUGUGUCUUUGCCGAGACCGCCUUUUACCACGUUUGGUACAUUACACCAGCCCUCAAGAUUAUGGAAAUCAACUGCGGGCCAUGGAAGAAAUGUUGCCGAAUCUGCCUCAGCUGCCUUAUGGACCCAUGCUGCGAGUCUAUGGGGUUACUUUUCCAUAAGUUUGAAAGGCAUAUGUAG